AUGCCCUUUGACGUCCAGGCCGCGGGUACCGCCCUGUUAGAGGCGCACAGCGCCUCGGUGGCCUUAGCCAAGGCCAAGAUCCGAGAGCUCGCGCUUCCGGUGCCGCUCGAGCGUCUCGAUGACGUCGCUUUAGUCGUCGUGAUUAUUUGCACGCUCUUCAGCGUCGCGAUCGCCCUGACGCUCACGCGCGCGCUCGGACGCACGGCGAGCGCGUUAAGGUUGUCCACGUCCUCGCGCGCGGACGCCAUAGUGCUCAUGGGUCCGAAAGGGAGCGGGAAGACGUGUGCGUGGCAGUCGUUGGCGUACGGCGAGCAAAAGUUUGGCACGUGCACGAGCGUGGAGAUAAACGAGCUCACGGAGGACGUCAAGGGGAAGGACGCGCGCGGAAGGGAGGUCACGAAACGGAAAGUGCGGGUCAUCGACGUCCCGGGACAUCCAAAGCUUCGACGAGAGGCGAUGCUGUGGUUGAAGCAAGCGAAGGCAGUGGUGUUCGUCGUGGACAGCGUGACGGUGGCGAACGAACGGAAGGAGGUGGCGCAGUUUCUGUUCUCAAUCUUGAGCGACGAGAAUUUUCAGCGACGGCGUUUACCGCUCAUGCUGGCGUGUAACAAGGGCGAGAAGCUCACGGCGCAUCCGCCUGAUUUCAUCCGGAAGCGCCUCGAGCGAGAAAUCGAAGCCGUGCGACGCGCCGCCGAGGGAGAGCUCCCGAGCAUGGCUAUCAACUCCAAGCAGCGUCGGGCGAACGCUGCGGCGCAGAAAAAACGUGACAAGUAUCGAACGCUCGGCCAAAGACCCGGCGAGGCGUUCACGUUCGACGCCUUCGCUCGCGCCACGGCGUGUCCUCCAACGACGUUCGACCGCCUCUCUGCCGUGAAAAACCAAGUCGAACCGCUCCGCGAUUUCAUCGUUCGUCUCCGACACUAG